GUAAUGUCAAAACCUUGUAACGAUUUAUAAUUUAUGCACUGAAUAAUUUUACUUGUUCCAAGUGUCUAUUAAUAAAAUUUUAAUCUCAUUUUAUUUAAUAAUAUCUAGCUACGAAAAACUACGAACGAAGGAAUUCAGGGUUAUCGUAGUGUAAACAAAGAUUCAAAAUUCUUUAACGAAGAUGGCGGGGAAAGAACAGUUCGAUGAAUUCUUAGGUGGAGCACAAAAACUACCAAAUGAAGUUCAUAUUAUGAAACUUGUCUCUUCGAGAGCUAGCGAAAUUGCUGCAAUGACAUAUUCUAUAGAAAAUCCUCAACAAACGAAACUUGUAUUUCAAAAGCUUCCCAUGUACAUGCGCAGGCGUGUAAUGUCUCACAACGUGAAGCGCUUGCCGCGCCGAUUACGGGAGGCACAUAUGAAUCAAAUGACUAAAUCCGGUUUGCCACCCAAAAUUAAAAGACCGUCGCGUAGGUACCGCAGAAGACCACGAAAUUUACUUUCGGAAUAUAAUAGAAGACAACGAAACAAACUUUGGUUGGAGACUCAUAUUUGGAACGCGAAACGUUUUCAUAUGGUAGAAAAAUGGGGCUACAGAAUCGCGAGUCACGCAAACGACAAAUGUUUCAAAGCAAAUUACCGUGCCGUUGCGAAGCAUUGCUUGAUGCAGGAUAUUUCGUACUAUACAUGCGUUGAGAUAAUUGGACCUGAAGGGACUCUGAAGGAAACUUUAAAGAAUCAUUGCAAUCCACUCGAGUUAACGUUCGCCGCAAAGAUUUUCAUUUCCGGUACAAGAGAGGGCACGUUAAUGUUUUUUAAAAUGAAUGGUUACCCCCAAUUUCCAAUUGGUCACGUCCACUUCCUUUGGCGACCAAAUGGUAAUUCCAGUUUUAGAACAAUUUGGAUUUGGGUACAUCCAUCGUUUCUCGAUGAUUUUAUCAAUGAAAUUGUAUCCAGUUUCGACUUCAAAUCGGAUCAUACAGAUUCUAAAUGUACAAAUAAUCAAUCCAUGAAACCUACUUUAUAUUCUAAUAACAAAAACUGUAAAAUGAAUAUUCAUAAGAAUGCUCUAAACAGAUUUCGUUUUUAUGGUCCUAAAACAUUAAGUGUCUUAACAGAAACGUUAAGGUUGCUGAAUGUAGAUGAAAAAGUUUGUACCAUGAGUGGAACUGAAGAUGAAAAAAAUCAAAUGGAGUGUGAAGAAGAGGUUCAAGACUCUAAUAAAUUAUGGCAUAAGGAUUAUUAUAGUAAUCAAGAGAAUAUUGAGUCAUUAAAAAUUCAAAAUCAAUUGUGGGAAGUGUUGAAGACACUACAAUCAUCUAGUCAAUUGCCACCAAAUAUUGUUGUUGGAUUUACGGUCCUAGAUCCCAGAUUUUACCUGCCUGAGAAAAGAACAAAACCUCAAAUAGAUAUUUCCAGAACGAUUGAACUAAUGCCAAUGCCACCUACGAAUGCUAAUUCAAGCCCAAUUUGGGAUGAUGAAAUACGACAGAAAGUUACUAAGGCAUGUGUAACUACAAGUGUCAUUAAUAAACUUAGAAGUAAAUGUUUAGUUCCUGGUAUAAAUAAUGAUAAAUAUUUUAAUGAAGAUAUCAUGGCCAAGAUACCCAUACUUUUAAUUCAGAAACCAGGAAUUGGUAAUACAGGUUUAAGUUCAGCCAUAGACAUCAUUCUUCCAGUAGGAUGGGCAAUGCCAUUCUGGCUUGCUUGCAUAUUUCGUUGUGUGAGAGUGGGUGCACUCAGGGAAACAAAAUCUGUUGCAUUCGAGUAUGGAAAUAUAAGAUCACCAGAUAUCAAUGAUCCAGAUACAUCUGCUUACACAAGAGAAGCAUUGAAUACUAAAUCAGAAUUGAAAGAAAAAUAUUUGCACUACCCACCAAAUAGACGUGUGAAUUUUAUUAAGCUUGGAAUCUCGAGCCCCUUCUUUUGUGAAUGGAGAAUUCUAAUGAAAGAAUGGACAGGCGUACAAGACUUUUUUGUGUUACGAAAUCGUAAAUUAUUACAGUUAUUGCAAGAGAAUUUAUCACCUGAAGAAGGUAACAGAAAUAAGCAGAUUAAAGCAAACAGAUUCAAAUCAGAUCUUGAUUUGGACAGUUCAUUUGAAAGUAGAAAUUGCUUAAUACGCGUUAAAGUGUCCGUUUUACAAAAGGGGUGCCCUAGGAGAUUUGCAGUAAUCUGUAUGCCAACAUCUGAGGAUGUAGAAAAGUACAAAAAGAAUAAGAAUUGGUCAGGACCUGUAGAAAAAUUGAAUCCUGACCCAAAUGAAACUAUUAGGAAAACUUUGAGAAAGAACCACUUGGCCCUUUUAAAACGUUUAAAAAGACAGAGAAUACGACAUAAAAGAGCAAUAACUGAUAAACUAAGUCAAAUGUUAAACAAGGGUUUUCAAAUCUUAAAUCACAAUAAUAAGACAAAACAUGUAUUAGAAAUAAGUCGUGAAGUAGUCCACAGACAAUCGCAAAAAAUGUCAGAGUUGUACCUUCCAGACUGUAAGAAUGUAAGAUACUCCUGUGAUAGGGAGAUCAUGGGAUAUCUAACAGAAGGUGAUUUUUCUUUUGCAGAAGCAAAAGGUGUAGGUUUAGGAUAUGUAACAUUGAAUUCAUUAAUGACAUUAAUUAAUGAAAAAUACUCUUUUGUUCUUGUUAGAAAUACUCAAACAAGACAAUAUAGAAUCACUAGAUUGGAAAUAAUAUCUUAG